CAGUGGCAGCGAGACCGCUCGUUCACGUCGCCUUUCUCCCCUCAUUUUCCUGUGCGCGUGGGGUGGGUGAAAACCCUAGAUCAGCCCGUGGUGACCUCCCCCAAUCCCUCGUCUCCUCUCCCCCGCCGCCAAUCAGCCGCCUGGCGGCGGCCUGCAGCGCCAAUCCUGUUUCUCCUCCCAACGGCGACCUCUCCUGAUUUUCCCCAACUCCUCCUUUCCUUCCCCAUUCCACCGCCGCCCGCCGAAUCCUGAACCAGCACAACCCUAGCAGCCAUGGCUCCACGGAAGCGCGCGGCAGCGGCCGCGCCCGCGUCGAAGAAGCCGCCGCCCUCGCAGCCAUCGCAGCCCGCCAAGUUCAGCAUCCGCCACUUCUUCGAGCGCCAGUCGCAGGCCGCCCCCUCCCAGAUCGCCAGGCGCCAGAAGCCCGACGCUAGCCCCGACCCCAUGCCUCCUCCUCCCCCGCCGCCGCCGCUGCCCCUGCCGGAGGAGGUCUCGCCGGAGGUCACCAAGACCCUCGCGCCAAAGCGGGUCAAGUUUUCUCCCGGAAUGGAGCAGCGAGGGGCGGCGCUGGGACGGAGGUGGAGGAGCAGCGACGGGCGCCUCUUCCGGUGGCGCUGGGUGAAGUUGGUGGUGGGAGCAGGCCGACCGGUGCCGGUCGCGCUCCCUCAGCCAUGUACGACCGGAGUCCGCCGAAAUCAACCUGAUACGCUGCGAUUUCUCCUCCCAAGGUUUAUUUCACAUGUGUCUCUAGGAUAUCGAUUCAUGGCGAGGCUAAUCCUAGACAGUAAAAGAUGGGAACGAAGAAUGCUUGUCAAAAUGACGUUUCAGAAUCGGAGCAAGGCCUGUUACAGCAGAAAUAGACUUGAAGCUAUCUGAAUAUACAAAAUAGAUACCAAAUUUACAACAAAUGGCUAGAGAGCUGGCAUAUUUAGCCGGUUUAGUGCAGACACAGAUGAAUCUGUGAGUAUUGCAGACAUGGAUGAAACACUCCUUGUUGCUGUCCUCUCACAUGUUCACAUGUCAAGCCAUAUGGAUGUCUUACCAAUUAACUACACUGUGAAGUGAAAGAUGCUAAACUGGAUCUUGCUGCAUAAUAAUUCUGAAGAAAACCAACAUGUACUAUUUGUUCAGAUUUUUAGGCGUGCUCUUUGCAGGUUCAUUGCUGGUCUUCUUUGCUCCGAGGUGUGCUCCACAUCCCUCUGCUUGAUCGAUCUGAGGUGAGGCCUUCGAGCACCUUUUAUGUUGGUUGUGAUGAGUAUAGAAAGUAUCUGCCAAUAGUUUCAUAUUCAUGCUUCUUUCUUUUCAUAAUUAUGUAAAUUCUUGUGCUACUGGUUUCCCAUGGCAUAAUAUGCCCGUGUAGAUUUAUCAUACUAAAAUUAACUUAUAAUUAUUAUUUGUUCCUAUCUAAUAUUGAUUUUCAUCGCGCUAUGAUUUCUGCUAUAUGGACCAUUUGGUAGAUAAAUACACUUUAUUCCAUCAGUUUGUCUCAGUCCAAAAGUUAGAAAAAGAAUGUUUGCCUCUGUCCAAAAUCCCAUUUUCUUAGAAGUUCUAGCAAAACUAGCUGUCUUACUAAAACGUUGGAAGCUUUUGGGACCAAUAUCGUGUAAGGCUAACUUGCUAUUGCUUCUUUUAUCAUGGUUCAAAUGUAUUAUGUCGAUCGCUAUUGCUUUUUUUUUUUGGUAAUUAUUAAGUGUGCUAUGGCGAGACGCCAAUGCUGAUUUUCCCAACAAAAAUAUCAAAUUGCUGUUAUACUGCUAUAGUGAUGGGCUCUUAAGAAAAUGUCGUUGUUAGAAUAGUGAUACUGACAGAUUACAUGGAUGCUAGACCGGUGACUUGCCCAUGUAUUAUUUCUUGCUAUUCAUGCUGAAAUAGUUAGCCUAGAUAGGACAGAGAGAUGUUUUUCUUGCCUUUGGUUAAGAUCCCAGUUGCUACUAAUAUCUACGCAAUCUGUAAAUAAGCGCUAUCAUUUGGUUUUGCAUGCUUUGAAGCUGGAACAUGAUAUUCGUUCACACGAAGUGUCUACUUCUGUUUCGUUAGUGGUGAAAGGUUUAACAUGCUGCAAUUUAGCGUUUUCACCGGCAUCUGCGCUUCCCGAACUCGCCUUCGUGACCAACCGGCCAACCACCUCCGGCGGAGGAUGAGGCCACCACCACCAUGCCCGUGGCAGCCGCCCUUGGCGUCCUCGUGCCUCGGCACGAGCCCAGAGUUCUCCGCGAAGCCGUCGUCGUUGACGACGCUGCAGCAAAGUGCAGCCAUGGCUGCAGCCCGCCCGAGUCCAUCAUGGCCCAUAUCAGACCCGGACCACCGCCGUCGCCCGCUGCCGUCCGCCAUCGAUGAAGGGUCGUCGAGGGUCGCUGGCCGCCGCUGCUCCACGGCACCACCGUCAACCAUGCCGGUGCGAUGCCGCCGCCGUACCAAGUCACGUCGAGGAAGUCCGCCACCACGCCACUAGGGCUUUGCCCAGCGACGCCCUGGGUGGCGGCGGUGGGAGAGGAGGUUGAGGUAGGUGGGGUUGAGGGAGGGUGGAGCGGUGGCCGCCCAGCGCGGGGCGGUGCGGGCGCGGGAGGAGAGAUUAGGGUGCAUGAUUAUAUCAUUUGAGAAAGAAGAUCUGCGGUUAGAUAUGCUUUUAAGUAGUUUACUGACUGGUACUAAUUGUUCAGAUCACUAUAGUAUCCCAUCUUUUGUUUUCUGGUUUUGCUCCAGGUUGCCCUCUCAAUUCUUCUGUUAGGCGCUCUUAGAUGAGGACUUCAAGCCCCAAGUAUCUCACACACACACACAGUCCCUCUAUUUGUUUUCUUAGAGGGUAGGUCUUCAAGCCCCUCUUCUAUUCUUAUGUUCUUGCAUCCGGUUGUGCCAUUAAUUUAUUUUUGCCUCACUUUUAAAUUUCCCUUAGAUAAUCUUACCAUUACUAUGAUAUUAAUAUUUCAUGUAAAUCAUGGUUCAUCAAGCAUAAUCAGUAGGUCUUUCCCAAGAUGUUCUAUUUUAUAUAUGCGUUUUUUUUGCACAAAAGCAACUGCAUCUCUCUUGUGGCACUAAUGCAUGCCUAUCUUUUUAAAUUUCCUUAAAUAAUCGGUUAUUUAAAGAUGAAUCUCUCUUGUGGCACUAAUGCAUCUCUCUUGUGGCACAAAACCAGAAAUUUUAUUGUGAUUUUAAGAUUUUGUUACACAAAAGAUGAAUAUUUGCAAGCAUAGAUAUGCAUGUGAGUGAGCAAUUGAAAUGCCACUUGUAAACAGCUCUUGGUGACUAAAACUAUUUAUGUUGUUACUUA